UUGCGCAAUUCUGUCUCCAUGGAAACGGUUGCUGUGCGACGCUUCCUCAUCUCCAGGAAGUAAAACUCCAGAGGGGAGGAGCGACGGGAAUCUUCUACAGACGCUGUCCCAAAAAAAAUGGACGACUCGCUGCAAAUAGGUGAUAAUGGAUUCAACGGAUUUCCAAAAAGUACCGCAAAAAGUGGCAGAAGAGCUCGCCAAGCUGUUGAUCAGACAUGUGCAGAAGAGUCGCGACCCGGCAGGAAGUCGUCCUCCUCGGGCAUGUCAGCACCUGGAGAGGAGGAGGAUGAGACGGGACCUCCACCUAAGCCACCUCGCAGACAGGGAGGUUGGGCUGAAGAGUCCACCGGGACCGGCUCUACCAAAGCUGGAAGAAGACAAGGUGCUGAGGAGGUCGAGGACCGUCGGUUAAGACCCCAGACCCCCAAGGGCUCGGAUGAUGAAAGCGAUAUCCCCGUGAUCCCAGAUCUGGAUGAAGUACAGGAAGAGGACCUCACCAUGCAAGUGGCUGCACCUCCAAGUAUCCAGGUGAACAGAGUGAUGACCUACAGGGAUCUGGACAACGAUCUUAUGAAGUAUUCAGCAUUUCAGACUCUGGAUGGCGAGAUUGACCUGAAACUACUCACUAAGGUUUUAGCACCAGAGCAGGAGGUGAGAGAGGAGGAUGUUGGCUGGGACUGGGAUCAUCUAUUUACGGAGGUGUCCUCCGAGCUGCAGACGGAAUGGGAUCAAGGAGAGAGAGAGGAGCAGUCUCCUCUUCCUGUGGCCUGAGGAUAGAUGACUUUCAGUGAAAGGCCAGUGCAUUACUCACUAGGGGGCCUCAUCUUGUGCCCUGCCUGAGUUACACCUGCAUAUAUGUAUGUAUUUUAAUAUUGUUCAUAUUGAAUUUUUAACCUGAGGAAUUGUUCUAGUGGCAUGUGCUGUAUGUUUGAUAUUUUGAUAUUAAAAUCAACCCAGAAAACAUUUCA